GUUUCCUCUCAUGGGAUGUAUCCGAUUGUCAUGUCGAUUUGGAAGAGGAACUCAAUACAAUUACACAACAAGCACCCGAGGGAGAGGAAGCUCGUUAUGGCGAACGACUCAUACAAUAUGCCAGUGAAAAUCUAGUCACAGAAGUCCUUAUACAUCCUCAAUAUAACACACUAAUACAAUGUAUGCGCAACUUGCUUAGUAGCUUCACGAGACAUCGCCAUAUUAUACAUGCUGGCUACACAUUCUCAGGCAAUGGUUCCUGGAUACUACAGGAUGGAACAUUUUCUGUUAGUGAUUUUUCCGAAGCAUUUCAAGAACAUGAAGUACAAAGAGUUAUACGUGCAUACGCGGAUACAAUUACAAUGAAUAUACACUGUGCUGACGCUGGACUAUGGCACACAUUGCCAGAUAAAAAUUUUGCCCGUUUGUGUAGAAUAAGAAUUAAUCCAACUGACGUUUUGGAUACCAGUAAUGAGAGCAUAAAUGCUUUUAUUGAUUAUUUAGCUCCAAUGGUGAUUCCAACCUCAUUGCGUGACUUACUAGAAACGUCAGACGUUGUUGGUAAUAUACGUUUUACACAUCCUACUUUGUAUGUCUUCCCUGGUGGACAAGGCGAUGCCGCACUAUUUGGCAUUAAUGGUUUUAAUAUGUUAGUCGAUGGAGGUUUUAAUCGUAAAGCAUGCUUUUGGGACUUUGCUCGGCAUUUGGAUCGGUUAGAUGCAGUGCUUAUGACACGCCUCAAUAACAGCAAUAUUCAAGGAUUAGGUGCUGUAGUUGAACGAAAACGUGACUCUCAUGUUUAUCCACAAAUUGGUCACUUCUUUUGCAACAUACCAGAUCGCAAAGGCGGACUACCUAGUCCAGAUGGUGAUAAAGAUCGAGAUCCUCUCUUGGUUGAUUUAUUCGAGCGUGGUCAUAACUUAAUUAGCGAUUUAAGAUCCUUAGACCUAAAACCACAAAACUGCUAUCGUAAUCAGGAGCCAAUAAAUUUAUAUCAUAAAGUUGGGCAUGGCACACUAGAUAUGUAUGUAAUAAGCCCUUCAAAGGAUUCAAGGGAAGUGAAAGAUUUCUUGCAAAGAUGGAAUUCAGGUGAUCAACGGUUGUUUGCGACUCGCGAGUCACGAGAUUUUAAUUUCCCGCUUCAAAAUAUAGUGUCAAUUUGUGCUCUUUUAGUUUGGCAACCAGCAAAUCCUGAUGACACAAUUACACGCAUUCUAUUCCCUGGUAGCACACCAGACUACAAAAUCCAGGAAGGAUUAGAAAAACUGAAGCAUUUAGAAUUUAUGAAACAUUCAACCUGCACUGCCAAAUCCAUUGCACCAACUAUACAAACUGUAAUUACAACAAGAAAGACUUUUAAAUCAUCUAUAAGUGGAGUUCCUCUAGAACCAGUUGGACACGCACCAAAAAUAGGUAGAUUCGUUCCAGUUGCAGCAGCAGCCGUAGCUGUGCAGCAGGAUAACAAAAUGAAGGAAGCUGUCUCUGCAGUUAUUACAGAGGAAACAAAAAUUUCAGAAAAAAUUGAAUGUGGAGAAAAAGUUACAUACGGAAAUAAAGAAGACUCUAUAGACACAGAUGAACCAGCAGCAGAAACUGGUGAUGAAGGAGUAGAACAAAUUAUUGAAACCUCUAGUAAAGAUGGUGAGGAAGAUAACAAAUUAACUGAAGCAACAGAGAAAAAAGUAGAAGUUAUUAUUGUCAAACCUCAACCUCAAAUAGAAUCAACCAAAGAAAUGACUGAUAGUUCGGAUAACAUAAAAAUAAUGAAGGCGAAAAAAGAAAAAAGUGAAAAACCAAGGGCUGAAGUUAAACCAGUAGUGCGUUCACGUAUUGAUACCAAGCCGCCGAAGUCGAUGGAGCGCAAAGUAAUCAAAAAAGAUUUGUCUGCUGAUAAAAAGAGCUCCCCAACCGCAACCCCACGCAAGCAAGAAAGUACAACAACAGCUUCGAAAGUAACUACUCGUGAUGUUAAAUCUAAAGUUACUUCUAGAAUUUCGAAGUCAAGUCCGAGUAGUACACCAGCUAAAAGCGCUAAGGAAGCAAACAAUAGAAAAGUUCUCGAGUCCAAACAACAAGCAUCACGCCAGAUAUCUACAGUUAGUAGAAAGGAAACAUCUCGAACUGUCACCUCAAAUAUAGAAAAAAAAGAAACGAAAUCAACACAACAGGUUCAAACUCGAAAGCCGAUUUCUAGACGCCCCCGUGGAGCAUCACCUUCAAAGAAGGCUCCAGGAAGCCCAAUUAAAUCUGCGAAGCCAAAAGUAGAACUGAAAAAAUCACGAAUUGAUAAAGGUGGUACCACAGAUUCUAGCUUAGUAUCAACUCCUUCUGCUGACGAAGUGACUGCAGCAAAAAAAAUGCAAGACUUAAGUGCAUCUCAAGAACUUGAUGCUGAAAAACAACGAGAACUUGAUGAUCUGAAGGAAGAACAAGAAGUUGUACGUGAAAUUGAAGCGGUGUUUAAUCGUGAUGAAAUGAAAAGACAAAAACAGUUACAAGCAGGACUUCGUGAAGUAUCUAAGCAAGAUAGUACAACAGAAGCAGAAGAAGAAGAAGAAUACUUAAUAAUUGAAAAAGAAGAAAUAGAUCAGUAUACAGAAGAUUCCGCAUUAGAACAAGAAAGCAGCAUAACAAAGGAAGAGGAAAUUCAAAAACAUCAGAGAGACUCUCAAGAAUCAGAAAAAAAACGCAAAAAGAGCGCCGAAGAAGAAAUUGAAGCAGCAAUAGCUAAAGUUGAAGCUGAAGAAAGAAAAGCCAGGUUAGAGGGUAUUACUCUUGCCAAAGAUGUUUCUGUUAACCUUAUGGAAUCAAUUACUUCAAAAGACGAAUAUGGUGAUAGUCAAAUUCCUGCUGAUGAAUCAAAAAUUAUAGCUGAGGUGCAGGAAAUAAUAUUAACUGCAAAAGAGAUUGUUAAAUCACGAGUGGAUGAACACACCGGAAAGACUGAAGAUGAAUUACUUUCGUCACCAACACCAGAAGAAAAAUUGAGUAGUGCCAAAAAGACUUCAGACACAAAAGAUGACCAAUUAGAAGCACCUGAUAUUGUUCCAGUUAAUUUACAAGAAAGUCUUCCCGAAGAGAAAUUUUCCGCUACUAUUGAGUCUGGAGCAACAACUGCACCAACACUCCCAGAAGAUGAACGCAUUCCCUUAGAUGAAAUCAAAGAAGACUUAGUUGUUGAAGAAAAAUAUAUCAAGGAAAAAACAAAAGAGUUUGAACCAAUCGCGGUAUCAUCAAUAGUUCAGACUAAAGCCAUAUCAACCACUACCAAAAUAUUUGAAGAAAAACCAGGUAUUACAGAGGGCUUAGAAAGAGUGUUGCCUAUUAAAAUGACAUUUGAAGCUCAACAAAAUUUGAUGAGAGAUAUUGUUAAAACUCCAGACGAAGUAGCAGAUCUUCCCAUGCAUGAAGAAGCUGAUUUAGGAGUUUAUGAAAAAGAUACACAAGAAACCACAAAAACCACUUUACAGAAAGAAAAUUUCAUAAAGGAGGAAAAGGAGGUUGAAGAUAAUGAAAAGGAUGACAGUGGAAAACUCAAAGAUAUAAAACACAUUCCUGAACAUGUAAUGAUACCACAGACCACUGAAAUGGAACCUCUAGAUCUGGUAUUAAAAGUAGAAGAACUACAUGACAAAGACAAGAAAGAGAAACCAUCUCCUGAGAUCGAAAAAGUUGAAGGAGUAAAAGAAACGUCGGAAGUAAAAGAUGAAAACGUCACUACUGCUGUAGUUAUACAGACAGACAAAUAUAUUUCAACAGUAGCAGACAAAACACCUAUUAAAAAACAACUUGGUACACCAGAAGAGAAAGAAGUAAGUGAUAUAACAUCUGAAGAUGAGCUCCCGGUACAGCAAACAGAACCAUCUAUGUUGCCUAAGCAGAAGGAACACGAAGAAACAGUUUCAGUCGAAAGCCCAGCUACUAUUGAAGAGGCUAUAGAAGUUGAAGAUGACAAAAACAUAGUUAUAACAAACGAAUUGAAAGAAAAAGCAGCUAAAGAGAAGACACGAAUUACUGAAGAAAUUUCUGAAAAGAAAUCAACUUUAGACACUUUCAAAGAAACAAAACAAGAAACAGUAAAAAUAAUUUCAGAAAUGAAAAUCGGUGAUAAGAAAAACCUUAUACAAAGCACUAAAGAAGAAAAAUCUCCAGUUUCAAAAGAACCAUCCCGUCCAGUAUCAGUUGCAGAAAGCAUUACAGAUAAGCCAGAACAACAUGGAAGUUUUCAAGAUGAAAAAGUUGUUAAAGAGGACUCUCGUCGCGUCUCGUUAGCAAGUACUGGUAAGCCUGAUGUUGAGGAAAUUCCAAGUGAGAAGGAUGAAAAAUCUCGAGUUCCCUCUAAAGAGCCAUCUCGACCUGAAUCAGUAACAGAGAGUGAAAAGCGGGAAGAAACUACUGCCGAUGAAUCUCGUCGUGUAUCUACAAUCAGUGUAGAUAAGCUUGAAAUCGAUAAAGUACCAAGUGUGAAAGAUGAUAAAUCUCCCGUUGCUUCGAAAGAAACAUCUCGACCAGUAUCUGUUGCAGAAAGUAUUACAGAUAAACUAGAAAAACCAGAUGAUAUUCAAUCUGAAAAAGGAGAUAAAGAGGACUCGCGUCGAGUCUCGUUGGCAAGUACUGGUAAACCUGAUGUUGAGAAAAUUCCAAGUGAAAAGGAUGAAAAAUCUCCAGUUGCCUCUAAGGAGCCAUCUAGACCAGAAUCUGUAACGGAAGGUGAAAAACGGGAAGCAACUACCGAUGAAUCCCGUCGAGGAUCAGUGUUGCAGGGUGAAAAACGGGAAGAAACUACUGCCGAUGAAUCUCGUCGUGUGUCUACAACUGGCAUCGAAAUGGUUGAAAUCGAAAAAGUACCAAGUGUGAAAGAUGACAAAUCUCCCGUUGCUUCGAAAGAACCAUCUCGACCAGCAUCCGCUGCAGAAAGCAUUACAGAUAAACCAGAAAAACCAGAAGAUAUUCAAUCUGAAAAAGGAGAUAAAGAGGACUCGCGUCGAGUCUCGUUGGCAAGUACUGGUAAACCUGAUGUUGAGAAAAUUCCAAGUGAAAAGGAUGAAAAAUCUCCAGUUGCCUCUAAGGAGCCAUCUAGACCAGAAUCUGUAACGGAAGGUGAAAAACGGGAAGCAACUACCGAUGAAUCCCGUCGAGGAUCAGUGUUGCAGGGUGAAAAACGGGAAGAAACUACUGCCGAUGAAUCUCGUCGUGUGUCUACAACUGGCAUCGAAAUGGUUGAAAUCGAAAAAGUACCAAGUGUGAAAGAUGACAAAUCUCCCGUUGCUUCGAAAGAACCAUCUCGACCAGCAUCCGCUGCAGAAAGCAUUACAGAUAAACCAGAAAAACCAGAAGAUAUUGCAGCUGAUAAAGGUGUUAAAGAGGACUCGCGUCGUGUCUCGUUAGCAAGUACUGGUAGGCCUGAUGUUGAGAAAAUUCUAAGUGAGAAGGAUGAAAAAUCUCCAGUUGCCUCUAAAGAGCCAUCUCGACCUGAAUCAGUAACAGAGAGUGAAAAACGGGAAGAAACUACUGCCGAUGAAUCUCGUCGUGUAUCUACAAUCAGAGUAGAUAAGUUUGAAAUCGAUAAAGUACCAAGUGUGAAAGAUGAAAAAUCUCCCGUUGCUUCGAAAGAACCAUCUCGACCAGUAUCCGCUGCAGAAAGCAUUACAGAUAAAUCAGAAAAACCACAAGAUAUUCAAGCUGAAAAAUCUGUUGAAAAGGACUCUCGUCGCGACUCGUUAUCAAGUACUGGUAAGCCUGAUGUUGAGAAAAUUCUAAGUGAGAAGGAUGAAAAAUCUCCAGUUGCCUCUAAAGAGCCAUCUCGACCUGAAUCAGUAACAGAGAGUGAAAAGCGGGAAGAAACUACUGCCGAUGAAUCUCGUCGUGUAUCUACAAUCAGAGUAGAUAAGCUUGAAAUCGAUAAAGUACCAAGUGUGAAAGAUGAUAAAUCUCCCGUUGCUUCGAAAGAAACAUCUCGACCAGCAUCAGUUGCAGAAAGCAUUGCAGAUAAGUCGGAAAAACCAGAUGAUAUUCAAUCUGAAAAAGAAGUUAAAGAGGACUCACGUCGAAUCUCGUUGGCAAGUACUGGUAAGCCUGAUGUUGAGAAAAUUCCAAGUGAGAAGGAUGAAAAAUCUCCAGAUGCCUCCAAGGAGCCAUCUAGACCAGAAUCAGUACUGGAGGACGAAAAACGCACAGAAACUAUUGCCGAUGAAUCUCGUCGUGUAUCUACAAUCAGUGUCGAUAAGUUUGAAAUCGAUAAAGUACCAAGUGUAAAAGAUGAUAAAUCUCCCGUCACUUCGAAAGAACCAUCUCGACCAGCAUCAGUCGCAGAAAGUAUUACAGAUAAACCAGAAAAACCAGAAGAUGUUCAAGAUGUAAAAGCUGUUAAAGAGGACUCUACAAUCAGUGUCGAUAAGGUUGAAAUCGAUAAAGUACCAAGUGUGAAAGGUGACAAAUCUCCCAUUGCUUCGAAAGAACCAUCUCGACCAGCAUCCGCUGCAGAAAGUAUUACAGAUAAGCCAGAGAAACCACAAGAUAUUCAAGCUGAAAAAUCUGUUGAAAAGGACUCACGUCGCGUCUCGUUGGCAAGUACUGAUGAGCCUGAUGUUGUGAAAAUUCCAAGUGAGAAGUAUGAAAAAUCUCCAGUUGCCUCUAAGGAGCCAUCUAGACCCGAAUCAGUAACGGAGAGUGAAAAACGGGAAGAAACUACUCCCGAUGAAUCUCGUCGUCUGUCUACAACAAGUGGCGAUAAGGUUGAAAUCGAAAAAGUACCAAGUGUGAAAGAUGACAAAUCUCCCGUUGCUUCGAAAGAACCAUCUCGACCAGCAUCAGUUGCAGAAAGUAUCACAGAUAAGCCAGAAAAGCCGGAAGAUAUUCAAGCUCAAAAAGCUGUUGCAGACGAAUCUCGUCGUGUGUCGUUAGCUAGUACUGGCAAACCUGAUGUUGAAAAACUUCCAAGUGAAAAGGAUGAAAAAUCUCCAGUUGCCUCUAAAGAGCCAUCUCAACCCGAAUCAGUAACAGAGAGUGAAAAACGGGAAGAAACUACUGUCGAUGAAUCUCGUCGUCUGUCUACAAUCAGUAUCGAUAAGGUUGAAAUCGAUAAAGUACCAAGUGUGAAAGAUGAAAAAUCUCCCGUUGCUUCGAAAGAACCAUCUCGACCAGCAUCCGCUGCAGGAAGCAUUACAGAUAAACCAGAAAAACCAGAAGAUAUUGCAGCUGAUAAAGGUGUUAAAGAGGACUCGCGUCGUGUCUCGUUAGCAAGUACUGGUAGGCCUGAUGUUGAAAAACUUCCAAGUGAGAAGGAUGAAAAAUCUCCAGAUGCCUCUAAGGAGCCAUCUAGACCAGAAUCAGUACUGGAGGACGAAAAACGCACAGAAACUAUUGCCGAUGAAUCUCGUCGUGUAUCUACAAUCAGUGUCGAUAAGUUUGAAAUCGAUAAAGUACCAAGUGUGAAAGAUGACAAAUCUCCCGUUGCUUCGAAAGAACCAUCCCGACCAGCAUCUGUUGCAGAAAGCAUUACAGACAAGUCUGAAAAACCGGAAGAUACUCCAGCUGAAAAAGGUGUUAAAGAGGACUCGCGUCGAAUCUCGUUAGCAAGUACUGGUAAGCCUGAUGAUGAGAAAAUUCCAAGUGAGAAGGAUGAAAAAUCUCCAGUUGCCUCUAAGGAGCCAUCUCGACCUGAAUCAGUAACGGAGGGUGAAAAACGAGAAGAAUCUACUGUCGAUGAAUCUCGUCGUGUGUCUACAAUCAGUGUAGAUAAGCUUGAAAUCGAUAAAAUACCAAGUGUGAAAGAUGACAAAUCUCCCGUUGCUUCGAAAGAACCAUCUCGACCAGCAUCAGUUGCAGAAAGCAUUGCAGAUAACUCGGAAAAACCGAAUGACAUUCAAGCUGAAAAAGCUGUUGCAGAUGAUUCGCGUCGCGUCUCGUUAGCAAGUACUGGUAAACCUGAUGUUGAGAAAAUUCCAAGUGAAAAGGAUGAAAAAUCUCCAGUUGCUUCGAAAGAACCAUCUCGACCUGAAUCAGUAACAGAGAGUGAAAAGCAGGAAGAAACUACUGCCGAUGAAUCUCGUCGUGUAUCUACAACCAGUGUACAUAAGCUUGAAAUCGAUAAAGUACCAAGUGUGAAAGAUGACAAAUCUCCCGUUGCUUCGAAAGAACCAUCUCGACCAGCAUCAGUUGCAGAAAGUAUUACAGAUAAGCCUGAAAAACCAGAAGAUAUUCAAUCUGAAAAAGCUGUUGAGAAAAUUUCAAGUGAAAAGGAUGAAAAGUCUCCAAUUGCCUCUAAGGAGACAUCUAGACCAGAAUCAGUAACGGAAGGUGAAAAACGGGAAGCUACUACCGAUGAGUCUCGUCCUGAAUUAGUAACGGAGAGUGAAAAGCGGGAACAAGCUACUGCCGUUGAAUCACGUCUUGUGUCCACAAUAAGUGGCGAUAAGUUUGAAAUCGAUAAAGUACCAAGUGUGAAAGAUGACAAAUCUCCCGUUGCUUCGAAAGAACCAUCUCGACCAGCAUCAGUUGCAGAAAGUAUUACAGAUAAGCCAGAAAAGCCGGAAGAUAUUCAAGCUGAAAAAGCUGUUGCAGACGACUCUCGUCGCGUCUCGUUAGCAAGUACUGGUAAGCCUGAUGUUGAGAAAAUUCCAAGUGAAAAGGAUGAAAAAUCUCCAGUUGCUUCGAAAGAACUAUCUCGACCCGAAUCAGUAACAGAGAGUGAAAAGCGGGAAGAAACUACUGCCGAUGAAUCUCGUCGUGUAUCUACAAUCAGUAUAGAUAAGGUUGAAAUCGAUAAAGUACCAAGUGUGAAAGAUGAUAAAUCUCCCGUUGCUUCGAAAGAAACAUCUCGACCAGCAUCUGUUGCAGAAAGUAUUACAGAUAAACUAGAAAAACCAGAUGAUAUUCAAUCUGAAAAAGCAGUUAAAGAGGACUCGCGUCGAGUCUCGUUGGCAAGUACUGGUAAACCUGAUAUUGAGAAAAUUCCAAGUGGAAAGGAUGAAAAAUCUCCAGUUGCCUCUAAGGAGCCAUCUAGACCAGAAUCUGUAACGGAAGGUGAAAAACGGGAAGCAACUACCGAUGAAUCUCGACCUGAAUCAGUAACGCAGGAUGAAGGACGAGAACAAACUGCUGCCGAUGAAUCUCGUCGUCUGUCUACAACAACUGGCGAUAAGGUUGAAAUCGAAAAAGUACCAAGUGUGAAAGAUGAUAAAUCUCCCGUUGCUUCGAAAGAAACAUCUCGACCAGCAUCAGUUGCAGAAAAUAUUACAGGUAAGCCAGAAAAGGCGGAUGACAUUCAAGCUGAAAAAGCUGUUGCUGACGAUUCUCGUCGUAUCUCGUUGGCAAGUACUGGUAAACCUGAUGUUGAGAAAAUUCCAAGUGAGAAGGAUGAAAAAUCUCCAGUUGCCUCUAAAGAGCCAUCUCGACCUGAAUCAGUAACAGAGAGUGAAAAGCAGGAAGAAACUACUGCCGAUGAAUCUCGUCGUGUAUCUACAAUCAGUGUCGAUAAGGUUGAAAUCGAUAAAGUACCAAGUGUGAAAGAUGAUAAAUCUCCCGUUGCUCCGAAAGAAACAUCUCGACCAGCAUCAGUUGCAGAAAGUAUUACAGAUAAACUAGAAAAACCAGAUGAUAUUCAAUCUGAAAAAGGAGAUAAAGAGGACUCGCGUCGAGUCUCGUUGGCAAGUACUGGUAAACCUGAUGUUGAGAAAAUUCCAAGUGAAAAGGAUGAAAAAUCUCCAGUUGCCUCUAAGGAGCCAUCUAGACCAGAAUCUGUAACGGAAGGUGAAAAACGGGAAGCAACUACCGAUGAAUCUCGACCUGAAUCCGUAACGCAGGAUGAAAGACGAGAACAAACUGCUGCCGAUGAAUCUCGUCGUGUGUCUACAAUCAGUGUCGAUAAGGUUGAAAUCGAUAAAGUACCAAGUGUGAAAGAUGACAAAUCUCCCGUUGCUUCGAAAGAACCAUCUCGACCAACAUCCGCUGCAGAAAGUAUUACAGAUAAGCCUGAAAAACCAGAAGAUAUCGAAGCUAAAAAAAUUGUUGAAGACGACUCCCGUCGCGUCUCGUUAGCUAGUACUGAUAAACUUGAUGUUGAGAAAAUUCCAAGUGAAAAGGAUGAAAAAUCUCCAGUUGCCUCUAAGGAGCCAUCUCGACCUGAAUCAGUAACAGAGAGUGAAAAACGGGAACAAACUACUGCCGAUGAAUCUCGUCGUCUGUCUACAAUCAGUGCAGAUAAGGUUGAAAUCGAUAAAGUACCAAGUGUGAAAGAUGACAAAUCUCCCGUUGCUUCGAAAGAACCAUCUCGACCAGCAUCAGUUGCAGAAAGUAUUACAGAUAAGCCAGAAAAGCCGGAAGAUAUUCAAGCUGAAAAAUCUGUUGAAAUGGACUCUCGUCGCGUCUCGUUAGCAAGUACUGGUAAGCCUGAUGUUGAGAAAAUUCCAAGUGAAAAGGAUGAAAAAUCUCCAGUUGCUUCGAAAGAACCAUCUCGACCCGAAUCAGCAACAGAGAGUGAAAAGCGGGAAGAAACUACUGCCGAUGAAUCUCGUCGUGUAUCUACAAUCAGUGUAGAUAAGCUUGAAAUCGAUAAAGUACCAAGUGUGAAAGAUGAUAAAUCUCCCGUUGCUUCGAAAGAACCAUCUCGACCAGCAUCCGCUGCAGAAAGCAUUACAGAUAAACCAGAAAAACCAGAAGAUAUUGCAGCUGAUAAAGGUGUUAAAGAGGACUCGCGUCGUGUCUCGUUAGCAAGUACUGGUAAGCCUGAUGAUGAGAAACUUCCAAGUGAGAAGGAUGAAAAAUCUCCAGUUGCCUCCAAGGAGCCAUCUCGACCCGAAUCAGUAACUGAGAGUGAAAAGCGGGAAGAAACUAUUGCCAAUGAAUCUCAUCGUGUGUCUGUAAUCAGUAUCGAUAAGGUUGAAAUCGAUAAAGUACCAAGUGUGAAAGAUGACAAAUCUCCCGUUGCUUCGAAAGAACCAUCUCGACCAGCUUCAGUGGCAGAAAGUAUUACAGAUAAACCAGAAAAACCACAAGAUAUUCAAGCUGAAAAAUCUGUUGAAAUGGACUCACAUCGCGUCUCGUUAGCAAGUAUUGGUAAACCUGUUGAGAAACUUCCAAGUGAGAAGGAUGAAAAAUCUCCAGUUACGUCUAAGGAGCCAUCUCGACCUGAAUCAGUAACGGAGACUGAAAAGCGGGAAGAAACCACUGCCGAUGAAUCCCGUCGUGUGUCCACAAUCAGUGUCGAUAAGGUUGAAAUCGAUAAAGUACCAAGUGUAAAAGAUGACAAAUCUCCCGUUGCUUCGAAAGAACCGUCUCGACCAGCAUCAGUUGCAGAAAGUAUUACAGAUAAGCCAGAGAAACCAGAAGAUAUCGAAGCUAAGAAAACUGUUGAAGACGACUCCCGUCGCGUUUCCUUAGCAAGUACUGGUAAACCUGAUGUUGAUAAAAUUAAAAGUGAAAAGGAUGAAAAAUCUCCAGUUGCCUCUAAGGAGCCAUCUAGACCAGAAUCAGUGACGGAGGGUGAAAGGCAGGAAGUCUCUAUCGCCGAAGAAUCUCGUCGUGUGUCGUCAAUUAGUGUAGAUAAGUUUGAAAUCGAUAAAGUACCAAGUGUGAAAGAUGACAAAUCUCCCGUUGCUUCGAAAGAACCAUCUCGACCUACAUCAGUUGCAGAAAGCAUUACAGACAAGCCUGAAGAACCAGAGGAUAUUCAAGAUGAAAAAUCUGUUGAAAGGGGCUCUCGUCGCGACUCGUUAGCAAGUACUGGUAAGCCUGAUGUUGAGAAAAUUCCAAGUGAGAAGGAUGAAAAAUCUGCAGUUGUCUCCAAGGAGCCAUCUAGACCACAAUCUGUAACGGAGAGUGAAAAGCGGGAAGAAACUACUGCCGUAGAAUCUCGUCGUGUAUCUACAACCAGUGUCGAUAACGUUGAAAUCGUUGAAGUACCAAGUGUGAAAGAUGGCAAAUCUCCCGUUGCUUCGAAAGAACCAUCUCGACCAGCAUCAGUUGCUGAAAGUGUUACAGAUAAACCAGAAAAGCCAGAAGUUAUUCAAUCUGAAAAAAUUUUUGAAGAAGACUCUCAUCGCGUGUUUUUAGAUAUGUCGGCAGCUAUGUCGGAAGAUACACACAAAAUUUCUGGGGAUGAUACUGUAAUACUACAAACACUUUCAACCCCAAUUGAUGAAGCUUGUUUUGAUUUAAGCAAUUUAAAAUUGAAAGAACUAUCAUUAGACUUAAACACAUCGGAACUCAGUCAAGAGAUAUGUACUACUUCUAGUCCAGUGGAUAUAGCCGAUAAAGAUUUUAAAUUAAAGGAACCUCUUUGUCAGCCCAGUAUGCCUAGUUCAGUUUUGCCGGCUGAACUUUCUAGGGUUUGUACUUCAGAUACAGUUUCUUCUCCAGUAGAUGAAGCAGAUAAGUUGACUACAGUCAUUGAUGCUAUAAUUGAUGUUAAAGCUAGUCUAUCUAAAGGAUCAAAUAUCGAUUUAGUUGAUAGUACAAAUAAAAUACAAGAUGUGAAAGCAAGUGCAGAAGUAAUUGCAGAUAUGUCUAAGAAAUUGGAUGACUUAAAAGAUAGUACAAGUAAAUUAACUGAUCAAUCUUUUACUCAUUUGACGGAUUUGAGUACAGAAUUAGUGGAGGAUGAAACUGUCUCUGUAACGGAUGAUUUGACAAGGGAACUUAAAGCUAAUAUAUCAGAAAUCAUUGCUGCAGCUUCUGCACCUCAUAGUACAAAGGAAACAGUGCUCGAAGUGGUGGAAAACUUAUGGAAAAGGUCAGAAAAUGUAACUAGUAAAAUAUCUGAUAAUUUCGAAAACCUUAAAACAGAAAUUGAAAACGCUGAUAUAAUUAGCACCGAAAAAGCAAAAACUUCAUCUCCCUCUAAAGAAGAAGUUCUACAACCUCUCUCGCAAUCUAUCGAUAUUAGCGGAUAUUCCACUGAAUUGCGAGAAACUCAUAUUACAACUGUAGAUUCACCUGAAUUAAAAGUUUCUGUUUGUGACCGGGAUGAAUCUGUUCUGCAUGACAUAAAGGAGGAAGAUGAAGAGCACAGAUCGUCUCCUCCAAGAGAGAAUAUUUUAAUGCCUCAACCACAACGUCCAGUGUCCCCUCGUGAGGAAGAGGUAGCAAAAAUUGUUGCAGAUGUUGCAAAAGUUCUAAAAUCAGAAAAAGAUAUCACAGAAAUAAUACCAGACUUCGAUGUGAAACAAUUAGAAGACAAAUUGAAAGCUACCGAUAAACAAACUAGCAGUGCAUGUCAAGAUGGAAAAAUUGACUCAUAUUUCGUAGAAGAAAUCGAAUCAGAACAGAUAAAUAUAACAAAUGAGUUGGAACAAAGGCAAGAUAAAGAUAUAAAAACUGAUAUUGAAUCCGAAAAAUCAUCACCAGACCCUAAAUCUGGACCAAUAUCGAUUGAAGAAAAGGACAAAACAGAAGAAUCAGAAAAAGUGCAACUUAAAGAAACAGAAACAAAAAUUAAAACUGAGCAACCUUUACUGAAAAAAGACAUUGCAAAAGAAGAAAUCAUUAAUACAAAAAAUAUUGAUUCAAUUUCUAUCAUUGACUCUAAUUUCUUAUCGUCUGCAUUAGAUAGUCAUACAAGACAUUUAGAAAGCAUAGUAAAAACAAUAAGUCAAACAGAUAGUGAUAUAAAGAGUGAAAUAGUUUUAAGUGCAGAACAUCAAUUACAUGAAAAAUCCCCAUCACCUCCCAGACAACUUUCUAGACCCGAUUCUGUUACUGAUGAAAAACAGGAAUCCCUAAGUGAAUCAAUGCCAUCUGUUAUAGAAACUGUUACAAACACAAACACAUUUGCAAAGUCCAUACACUCAGAAUUAAUUGAUUCUAAUUCAACUUCUGAUGAAAAACUUGCACAACAUUCUGACAGUAUGGUUGAGAAGUCAAAAGAAUGCUUAACAGAGAAGACAGUAUCUAAAUCGGAAGAAUUAUCGAAAUCAAAAUUUGAAACAGUGGAAAGUGUAACAAAGGCCGAGUUAAGCGAAGCAAAAACAUUAACUGAGUUAAUGAGUUCAAGUGUAACACCUGUUGUUAGUAAAAUAGCUGAUGUCAAGGAGUCAGUGAAUGAAUUUUUAACUCAGGAGAAAGUAGUAUCUUCGAAAGAAAGUUUAACAACGGAAACUAAAAUUAAAUCUAGCGAGGAAAGUAUUACAAAAACCUCAAGUUCUGAUUUAUAUGUUGCAAAAACAGACGACUCACGACGUGAGUCCAUGCUUAGUCAAACAAGUGAGGGACGUCUUACGCUUAGUGAUCAGGACGAUGAUGACGAUGAUGAAUUGACAAAUAUACGUGGCGGUAGAUCAAAAUCAAUUGCAACAAUAAUGAUGACCAGCAUUUACAAGCCUUCAGAAGAUGUGCAUAAAAUUGAAACGUUCGAAGAAGAAACAGAAGAAGAAGGAGAAAAAACAAGAAUAUCAAAAACAUUAACUUUAACAAAAAUAAGCGCUGCCGAAUCUUCUAAAGUUGUAACGAAAGACCAUAAUUUAUCUCUUACACAGAGUCAUGAAGAUGAAGCUGCUGACCGUAAAACUCCUCCAACAGCACCGGUCAGUCCAGGAGUAAAAUCAUUUACAACAACAGGUAUUGUAAGUACAACAACAACGACUGUAAGUGAUGCUGGAGGGAGCAGUACAACAUCAAUAACAGGCCCACUUUCUCCUAAGGACAUAAGUGGUAAGUCAAGUCCCGGAUUACUAACUUCUGAAAGUCAAUCAAUUCCCACACCCAUAGGACGAGAAUCAGCCACCGAUACUCCAGAAUCAUCACCAAAACCUACAUCACCAUUUCCACGUGUAACAAAAGAUGAUAUUAAAGCAUCCACAGAUCUUAAGACCGAAUCAAGCUCAAGCUUAACCGAAACGAUGUGCGAACAAACUGUUUCUCAAACUGAAAUGAAGUCUGAGGUAUUCCCGGAAUUACAUGAAAUACGAGGUAUUGAAAAAACGUCAGCUCUAAGUGGAAGUACUGAGAAAGUAAUUACCACAACCAUCACUACAGUUACAAAAGUUAUAUCUGCAGAUGGCAAAGAAAUUGUUACUGAGGAAAAAACUGUCACAACUACCGAUUCAUCUGAACCAGAUGGUGAAAAAGUAACUGUAACAACAACUCGUACUACAAGCGAAAGUGAUAAAAGUGAUCCCAUUCUUCCCAAAGAGGUAGCAAUGCUUCGAGGUAUACAUCGAUCAUCAACUCCUGGUAGUGACGAUGUUAUGAGUGAUGAUGAUAUGCCUGCCUCACCCCGUAGUGUAACAUCAUCACAUGGUGCUAGCUACGAGUUGCAGCGCUCUAGUUCUGGAAUAAGUAAACGAUCCGAUUUUGAUGUUGACGACAGUCAAGAUGAUAUACCACCACAAUAUGGUAGUGAGGAACAUUCUGCUGCACGUUCUAUUUCUAGUUAUACGCACAAAAUACCUGAUCCUAUGAGCACAUCAUUCUACGGAACAUUGCCUGACACAUUUGAUACUAAACCAUCGCAGCCAAUACCAAUACAAGGAAAAGCCACACAUACAGUUACAACACGCACAUUGACAGAAUCACUUCCUAGCCAAUCAUCCGGGAGUGCAGAUAGUACUAGCCAGCCGUGGAUAAGAGGCCAAAUUAUGUCUGAAACUUCAAGCAAAACAGGUGAUCACAAAUUUCUUGAAGAAGCCGAUUUGGAUUUUGAAAAAGCACUUGAGGAACAUGUACAAGUACGUGGAGCUGAAGUCAUGUCAUCAGUUACAGCUAAAUACUCAUAUUCUCCAUCUAAGGCGGAGGAAGUAGAACAAACAGUUGCUAGUGUUGAGAAACCUAAAUUUCCACUAAGUGAUGUACAAAAAUCGAAAGCUGGUGAAACAAGUUUUUCAACAACUAAAGUUGAAACGAGCAACGAUGGUAAGACUACAAUAACAACAACUACGACUGUUUCGUCUACAGCAACCACUGAUGUCAGUGCUACAAGCACUUCCACAACAGAGACCACGACUAUCUCCGCAACAAGUGCUAGCACCAGUGGUCAAACCAAAGAUCCACUAAAAGAAUGGGGCAAGCCUUUAGGAUUGCCUUCACCUGCACCAAUAACAACAGAUGGUGACAUACGUACUACACCAAAGAAAGAAAGACGUUUAGUUGCAACAAAAACGCGCUUAAAUAAUGAAAAAAAUCUCCGUAGAAGAGCUGAAUCACCUAACAAAGCUAAAAAGCCAGCACCAGUCUACGUUGAUCUUACUUAUGUACCGCACAAUGGAAAUUCAUAUUAUUCACAUGUGGAGUUCUUUAAACGAGUAAGAGCACGUUAUUAUGUAUUUUCUGGUACGGAGCCGAGUCGUCAAGUUUAUGAUGCAUUGCUCGAAGCGAAACAAACGUGGGAGGAUAAGGACUUAGAAGUUACAAUUAUACCAACUUAUGACACCGAUGUGCUGGGCUACUGGGUAGCCGAAAACGAAGAACUCUUAGCUAAGUAUCGCAUCGACUUGUCUCCAUCCGCUUCACGUUGCACAAUUAACUUACAGGAUCACGAAACCUCUUGCUCCGCCUACCGCUUAGAAUUCUAGGCCACGGGGAUGUUUAUUGCAUUUGCUGAAGAAUAACUUUAUAAAAACAAAACUAUUAGAUAACAAAUAUGAAAUAAAAAUACUUUCACUAAAUCAUUCAAAUAUUUUGACUAAGAAUAUAUACAAGACCAGCACAGCAAACAGUUAAAACGCAUCUGAGCCUUUUGCAAGGAACAAACUGCCCGCAACAUUUGCAGUAAUAUUGCAUUGAAGUGCAAUAUUAAAAUGUUGCAACUGGCUUAAUGCGUUAGCAUCUCAAGAUCACAUGAUCUUGUUGUGUGAUGUAGCUAAAAAUAUUGAAAAAAUGCAAAACUUAAGAAUUUGUGUUAACAAUUUGAGAUUUAAAUAUUUUAAAUUACAAAAAAAAAACCAAAAAAAAAACAAAAAAAAAUUUAAUCAAAACAAAUAAAUAAUAAAAACUAUUGUGACUCGCAAGUGCUUUAAGCUUUCAGAAGUCGAAAUUAUGCAAAUUGGAUGGAGCUGCGGUGCAACAUACGUUCAAAUACAGGCGUGUGUCUGCCACCUUUUGUUAUAUAUUUCAUUAAUUUGCAUAAUUUCCUAUGCCAAACAAAGGAGGGCUUUCUAAUUUUCACUCUUUUUUCUAUGCCAAAUGCAUAAAAAAGUGUUUCUAAAAUAAAUAAGCACAGAAUAAAAAACCUCCCACGCUCUCUGAAUAUGGACUUUCAUUAAAUUGGAUUGAAUAAAUUGUCCUUAAACGAGGAGGUAAGUUACGAAAAUUAUUAUUUUUAAUG